AUGAGUCCACCCGACAGGCAAUCGAAUCUGCCCCAUUGCCGCUUGAACAAUGGUUGUCCUGUGGCGCCAUUGAAUCGGAUGACCGUGGAUGCGCAUCUCGGACUGGUCUCCGUGUGCAAGGUGGAUGCAAACUUUUUGCGUGCCUUGGUGUGCUUCAACAACGUGAAGUUGCCAGAUGAAGAGGCAGUGCAGCAAGACAAUUCAGCCACCUCGGCCAUGCGAGUGAAGAGAUCCUUUGAUUGCCUUUUGUCGAACGAGGACACAUCUCCUUUCCGAGUGAAACUUCGCAUGGCUGGCCCGGCCUCGGUCGUCAACUGGAUGCUCCAGGGCCGCACCGGAGAAAUCCAUCAAGUGGUCUUGGCCCAGAUGGAGAAGAUCGGAGAGUGGAGUGUGCUCUGGCAGGUACCUGUGGAUGCAGCAGCCAAGGACACCGUCGUGAACUACUUUCACCAACUCGCCACGGCAGAGCUGGCAGUAGAUGAACCCCUUACCUUUGAACCCAAAUGGACGCCUGUCAAGAGGCUGCAUUUCGUCAGGGACAACAUGCCUGAAGAGGUCAUGCUCUUCAGAAGCAGGGCACGGCGAUGUAUCAACUCAGCUCAUUCAGAUUGA